AUACUUGACGUUUAAAAACCUAUAGGCAUAUGUGUAUACAUAGCAAGUACAUUACCACAUGCGCAAAGUAUUUCGCGCAGAACACAGGGUGGGUUAUCAGCUUGAGUGGGACAUUGGUGGGGAAGGGGUCGGCAGACGGAACGGCUGAUUCGCCAACUGAAGAUGAGAUUCAGUCGGCCGGCGAAUUCGCGUGCCGAGUGCUCGCGUUUGGGAGGAUAAUUUUGCGAAACCAAAACUCACCCCCUCUCACCCUCCCUCUUCUUAGAAAUUUACAAUCGUGAGUGUUGAUUCUUUUUUUCGGCUAUGAGCUGGCCUAGUGAUUUUUACUUUCGGAUUCGAGAAACUAGACUAACCGUGUUAAAAAGUUUUUAUUGAAAAGUUUAUUAGUGAAUUCACCAGCUCAAAAGUAAUUUUCAAACUUCUUGGAUAAUGGAAUAUUUUUAAAUCUGAAGAAAGAAAUAGUGAAACAGUGAAAUUCAAGACUUACAACGAAACUUGACAUGUUUUUUAUCAAACACUUCUUGAGCUGAAGAAAUUCCAGUAAAAUGAUUUUAAUUUCUCCAUGUUCUCCAUUGGGAAUUUAAUAUAUUUGCAGUAGCUGGAGAAUCCAGAGGAUUGACGACGAUUUUCAAUUCAUACAUAUCGCCGAACGCAAUACUUGUACGUGACUUUAAUAUUCUUUUAAAACGUGAAUGAGAUGAUAAAAAUUGUUCUUCAUGUGUAGAAAGUCGGAAUAUCUUUAUGGCAUAUCUUUGCAUCACGUGAUCGGUAUUUUGAAAGUAAAGUAUGUUUUAAACAGUGAAACAGUUGUACCGAAAGGAAAUGAAAAUAGAAGAACUCGAAUAUUCCUAUCCUCGAUGAUUGGAAUACUAACAACCUGCUUCCCUACUAACAAACAUCCCGCAAUUGACAGCGAAGAAUUUCUAAUCGAAGUGUCAUUUAAGGAGCAAACAAGAUUUCUCCCAUGAUCAUGCAAAGGAGGGAAAAUGCGCCGGACCAGCAGCAACAACCUCAAGCUGGAUUUAACGGACAACACGCCAGGUAGCUCGUCCACGUUGCGCCUGCCUAAUUUGGUGGAGCAUGCCGAGAACUCGGUCCGUGGUGCCGGCGAGAACUUGAGCAGCAAACUGCCGAACGUAGUGGAAGGUUCGAUGGACUAUGGAAGCGAGCGAAGGUCAUCCCGAUAUUUGGAGUACGACCCCAGCAAGUCUUACCAAGAUGGUCAGGCAACUGGAAAUUAUGGUGACAUGAAUGCCGCCGAUCGCAAUUACUCAUCGCGUACCUUGGACCGAAAAUUACCAUACGACCGAGACACUUUGGAGAGGUAUGACAACAGAAUAUAUCCCGAGGAAAGCUUGAGAUAUGAGAGAAAGGCCGAGAGAACCUACCAAGAAUCCGAUCUUGACGUUCCUUAUCGAAGAUAUUCCAGAGACAUGACUGAUUACGAAUACUCCACGAGGUACGCGGAAGAAACUUUGAAGCUCGAACCGAAAAAAGAGCAUUCUCAUCAGAGCAAGGAUUAUGAGAUAUCGAAGGGUUAUCAGUCCGGUGUAAAAACGCACGAUUCUUCCUACGAACUCGCUUCCUCCAGUGCUCAAGACUACAGAAACUAUGACGGCAAAUAUCACUCGGUUGGUAAAAUGUAUGGCACGCUACCAAGAUACGAGGCUUCUGCAGGAAAAUCCUACGACUCGAGUUAUGAAAGCGGAGGAAGGGUGUACAAUUCCAAUCCCAAGUACGACGCCUACGACACUGGAGUUAAAACUCACGAUCCUGCCAAGUACCAACUUACCAGUUCGAAAAGUUACGAACGAACAAAGUACGAGUCCUCGACCAGAUAUCAGGAUAACUCCAGGUCGCAAGAUCCGACUCUCAAAAUUGGCCAAGGUUCCUCUUCAUCCGCUGCCUACGCGAGAAAUCAAAAUUCCGACAGGACGGAAAAAAGUGGAAGGAACGAGAAGGGCGAUGCUAAUUCAGAGAAAAUGAACGGAUACAGAAAAAAUAAUUUCGAAGCUUACGGCGUUUACUCCGAUCCCGAGGAUGAUCACGGAUUUUUGGCAAAUAAAAAAACGCCUCAGUACUCGUACAAGGGGGUGAUGGUUAAUGUCAGUGGAGAGUCGACAGUGGUGGCGCAAAAAAGGACCAAAGAAAAUAUACAAACAGAAAUUCAAACAAAUCCCUGGUGCAAACCUACCAUUCUUCUCCUUCUUUUGGUCUUACUCGUCGUCAUUUUCGUCCUUGUUGCAGGAAUUCUCUUAUAUUUCAAUUACAUGUCUUAUAAGCCACGACAUCCAGUUUUGGAGGGUAAGGAUCUAAAUUUCGCCAGUAAUAAUGCGGAGCCUUGCGAGAAAACAUAUUGUGCUUGGGGGGCAACAUGCGUCGUUUCCGAGAGUGGUCGAGCUUCGUGUCUUUGUCCAAUGGACUGUUCUUCGACGCCAGCACCUGUUUGUGGUAACGACGAUGUCACAUAUACCAACCAAUGUCAUCUGCGUCAGACAAGUUGUCACAAUAUGAAAAACAAUAGGGUGAAGCAUCAAGGCCCUUGUGAAACAAAGGAUCCGUGUGCAAAAUUGAAUUGUACGCAAGGUGCUCAGUGUGUUAGAAGUAGAGACGGAACGGAAGCUGAGUGUAAGUGUACAGAAUCAUGUCCAAACUUAGGAGAUCACGAAGGUUCUGGUCCUGUUUGUGGUUCAGAUGGAGUUGAUUAUGCAAGUUUGUGUCACUUGAAUAAAGUUGCCUGCAUCCAAGGGAUCAAUAUUACAGUUGUUUUCCCCGGGAAAUGUGAUCCUUGCGCGAGCGUGGAAUGCAUGGAACCGGAAAUCUGUCAGCUGGACGAAUCGAGGCAACCGGCCUGUCGUUGCGGUGAACAGUGCGGCCUUGAGUUUUCGCCAGUUUGUGGCAGCGACGGCAAAACUUAUUCCAACGAAUGCAGCCUUAGACAGGAAGCUUGUAGAUCAAAGUUGCAGCUCAGAAAGAUCUACAACGAUGCAUGCACUGCAAUGAACAAUCCUUGCGAUGGUGCUCACUGCGCUCCUUAUGAGCAGUGUGUAAUUGAUAAAUUCGGUUAUGCCACCUGUGAGUGUGGACCAAAGUGCGAGCCCGUCAUGAGGCCAGUUUGUGCCAAAGGAGGGAGAACCUAUCCUUCCCUUUGCGAACUAAAACAACAGGCAUGUCUUACGAAAAACAAUAUCGAAUUGGCCUACACGGGGAACUGCGGAUCCAAAGGUCCUUGUUUGGCGAAGGUCUGCCAAUGGGGUGCAGUUUGCGCCGAGAAUGGAGACACGGCCACCUGCGAAUGUCCCACUUGCCCAGCGGAAUUUCAACCCGUUUGUGGCAAUGAUGGCAUCAGUUACGGAAACGAGUGCAAACUUCGCCUCGAGGCUUGCCAGCAUCGUCGCGAAAUUCGCGUUCUGUACACCGGACUUUGCAAUGGCUGUGAAAAUAAAAAAUGCGACUAUUAUGCCGAAUGCGAGAGUGACAACGGCGGAGAAGCGAAUUGUGUUUGCCCUAAAUCUUGUGAAAAUGUGACGCAGGUUGCUGGUGCCACUACUAAAGUUUGUGGAUCAAACGGCAUGACUUACGCGAGCGAGUGUGCGCUGAAAAAGGCCGCUUGUGAAGUACAAAUCCUCAUCGAAAUUAACUACAGAGGAGAUUGCGAACAAUGUUCAAGUGUGGAGUGUGAGAACGGUGCCCACUGCGUGGCAGGCGUUUGCGUCUGUCCGCAAAACUGUCCAGACAAAUCCGGAGAAAUUGUUUGCGGCAGUGACGCGAAAACGUACACUUCCGAAUGUGAACUUCAAAAGGCCGCUUGCGAACGAGAUCCAAAACUGCCACCACUGCAAGUGAUUUUUUACGGGGAGUGUGUCGAGAAAUUUCCAGUAGCUGCUCUAACCACCAUGUCCACUCCGGCAAUAACUCGAGUAGUAACAACUGUGGCUGAAGUAAUCGGCACUCAGGAGCGAGAGGCUUGCAAGGAUAUUCACUGCGACUUUGAAGCCACCUGUGAGUUGGGACCAGAUAAAUUUCCAAGGUGCAGCUGUAAAUUCGAUUGCGCUUCAAUAUCGCCGGAAAAUAUGCGCACUGUCUGCGGAAGUGACCACCGAACUUACCCCUCUCUUUGCGCAAUGAAGAUGGAGGCUUGUCAGAGGCAGCAGGAGCUCAGGCUCAGACCGAUCGACCUCUGCGAAGGUAUGGAAGUAAAACCUUGCAAUGGAGAUCCUCCACUAAUUGAUGUAGAGGGUAGAGAAAUCGAUUGUGGAAAUGGACCUCAACGGAAAGAUUGUCCUAGUAAUAGUUAUUGCCAUCAGACUCAGCGCUUUGCUCGUUGUUGUAAAAAAGAACAAGGUAUUCAAGUUGUGAGGUGUAUAGAUUCGUGGCAUGGUUGUUGUCCCGAUGGGAAAACACCGGCUCUAGGACCCGAUGGGGCAGGCUGUCCCAGUGUCUGCAAUUGUAACAGAUUAGGUAGUAUGUCUGAUGUCUGCGAUCCCGAAUCUGGCCAAUGUGAAUGUCGACCAGGUGUCGGUGGCGCAAAGUGCAAUAGUUGCAUGCCCGGGUAUUGGGGUCUCCCCAAAAUCAGCGAGGGUCAUCAAGGAUGCAUUCCUUGUGGCUGUUCACUGUUUGGCUCAGUUCGUGAAGAUUGCGAACAAAUGACUGGUCGCUGUGUCUGCAAGGCUGAGAUUCGCGGUCAAAAGUGCACCAUCUGUAAUGAUCACAAUAAAGUCCUCACACCAUCCGGAUGCCAGUCAGCUGACUCAAUUCUGCCUGAAAUGCCCGACUCUUGCAACAAAUUGGACUGCUAUUCGGGCGCACAUUGCUCGGAAAUUGGCGGUCCACACUGCGAGUGCCCUUCUGCUUGUCCCGCGGACGUUCCUCUGGUCCCAGUUUGCGGCAGCGAUGGGCAGACUUACGAUAAUGAAUGUGAGCUACGACUUUAUGCCUGUCGUCAUCAAGCCGACGUCGUCACGCAGGCUUUCGGUCACUGCAGAGAUGACCCCUCGGUCAAUACGGACUUUCCCGUGAAGAGAUACACAGCUGUGCAAUUUACUCAACCCGCAGCUGCAAUUUCUCCAUUAUCGAAAUCCACAAGACAUCUUCUAGUACCCGAACCAGAUCCACGGUAUUAUUAUACUCAUCGAGCUUACCAAGAAACGAUUACAGUCGAUCGUAAUAAUUUAAAGCAGGGGGUAGCUGCGUCUUAUCGACCAACACCAGCAACCAUAAGAGUAGUGACUGCCUUGUUAGGAGAUCUUUGUUCCGAUGACAGAGAUUGUACAAUUGCAAACAGCGAAUGCCUUAAAGGAGGAUGCAUUUGCUCUGACGGAUACUCUGAGACGAGCGAUAGACAAGAAUGCUUUGCCAAUUACAUUCCAGUGACGUCGACAGAAGAAUUUCGUGCGUGUUUGUCUUAUCCAUGUCACAUGUCUUCGACCUGUAUCGAUCUCCCCAGUGGCACCUUUGUUUGCAUCUGCAAACCCAACUACACAGGUCUACUUUGUAACGAGGAAAUUAACAGGAGGGACUACGACAUGCCCUCUUUCGAUGGCAAGAGUUACGUGAGAAUGGACAGACUCAAGGCCUAUCACAAAUUUAGCAUCGAAGUUGAGUUCAUAACGUACGCCAAGAAUGGAAUCAUUCUCUACAACCAACAAAAGGCGGACGGCAGUGGAGAUUUCGUUUCUCUCGCUAUUGUCGACGGAUACAUGCAGUUCAGAUACAACUUGGGAAAUGGACCCGUCAUUCUAACUUCUCCAGAGAAAGUGGAAAUGAAAACGUUUCAUCGAGUCGCUGCCAAACGGUACCAUAAGGACGGAGUUUUAAUUUUUAACGAUGGCGAAGACGUUGCUGGACAAAGUCAGGGGAUGUUGAAGUCUCUGGACCUGAAUCACGACAGUUUCAUUGGAAACGUUCCGACGAAUUUCACAAAAGUCUACGAAAACAUUGGGACAAAUCACGGAUUUUUAGGAUGCAUUCGAAAAUUGAAAAUUAACAGAAUACCCAUUGACCUUUAUAUUGGACACGAUAAAAAUAUUCUCGAGACUUAUCGCAUUAAGGAAUGUGAGGACAAUGCUUGUGCGAAUCUCCCUUGUCAAAAUGGGGCCACAUGCCAGCCGAUAUUCGAGGAGGAUCUUUGCGACAAUCAGGAGUGUGAGAAUCUCGAAAAGAAGAGUAAGGGUAAAAGAAAAAGUGAGAAGAACAACAAUAUGAGCAUUAUAAAGUGCAAAGGUUCUCAUUGUACUCCAGUAGAGCAGAAAAGAGCUAAGAAGAAUGUCAAAAGAAAGUGUUCAUCGUCAGAGUGCGAUUACGAUUUUGAUCUUGAUUUCAAUAACUUUGAGCAUGAAAAUUACGCUGUUUCGAAAUACGAACCUCCUGAGUAUAAAUGCAUUUGUCCUCCUGAGUAUACAGGGAAAAAUUGUGAGCAGUCCUUGGAUCCUUGCAUGGGUGAGCCUUGUCAACAUGGAGCUACUUGCGAUAUCUUGCCCCAGGGUGGAUACGUCUGCAAGUGUCCUCCGGGGAGAACUGGAGAGCACUGCGAAAUUUUGGACGCAGAGUUGACGGAGUUUCAUAUUCCGGAAAUGAAUGGUUAUGGAUUCCUGGAGUUGCCUUGUUUGGACGGUGUCGCUAAAGCAUUCUCUAUCGAACUUUGGUUCUUGACGAAGGCGAACGAUGGUCUUCUGCUCUACAAUGGUCAACUGAACAACGGACGAGGCGAUUUCAUUAGUUUGAAUUUAGUCAAUGGAAAGUUGGAAUUUAGAUUUAAUCUUGGAAGUGGAAUAGCUAACAUUACAUCUCCCGAUACUGUGUCUCUCAGUUCUUGGCACUGUGUAAGAAUCAGUAGACUUGGCAGAGAGGGGUUAUUACAACUUGAUGAUGGAAAUCUAGCGCGAGGAUUGUCCGGAAGUCCCUUGACUGAAUUAAAUCUCGAAACUCCUCUCUACGUCGGAGGGGUCAAAAACUGGGGAGAGGUUCACCGUCUCUCAGGAACCUACAAAGGACUCCAAGGAGCAAUUCAACGAUUAAUGAUAAAUGGAAAAACGUAUCAAAAUCUUGCCGUGAACAUCACCCAACACAAUACCGAAAUCUACGACGGUCUUCCUUGCCCCAAAAACGAAAAUCCAUGUCACAAUGGUGGCGUCUGCUUGCCUCUCUUAAACAGUUAUCUUUGUAAAUGUGCAAAUGGUUACAAUGGCUUACACUGUGAAUUCCUUAUGGGUUACGAUAUUUCCAAUGGAGAAACUGUGGACAGACCCGUUCGUUUCAAUGGAGAAAAUUUCCUACAAUUCAAACAUCGAUUCGGAAGAAGUGCUAAUUCUACUAAUAUAACACUUGGGGAAUAUAUCGACGAUUCCUACUCCGAUUACGACUUUGAGGAAGAUGUCGAUUAUGAAUAUGACAAUUAUAACUACAUAGAACGAAGGGGACAACAGUCCAAUAAAUUCGAAUUAAGAGUAAGAACAACGCAUCCAGAAGGACUGAUUGCUUGGAUUGGAAGAGGAAAAAUUGAGUAUUUAACAUUAAGCUUGCAUGGUGGAUACGUUGUUCUUUCCUACAAAACCAAACACGAGGAAAUAUCCUUAACGAGCAGAGAAAAAAUUGACGAUGGCGUAUUUCAUCAUAUUCGAGCAUCUAGAAGACGAAAAGCAACUAUUAUACAAAUUGAUGACGAGACUCCAGUAAAGAUGUCAACAGAAACAACAGUCUUAAUGACGAAUGGAAAAUUAUUUAUUGGUGGUAAGCCGGGAUUCCACGGGAUCAAGGGUUGCGUGACGGACUUUGUCGCUGACAAAAAAAGAAUUACCCUGACGAGGAGAAAAAUUGAAUUUUGCCACGACAACGACGUAUGAUAGUGAAUCAGCAACGACCAAUUCAAUGAAUAAAAUUUGAGGGAUAUUUGGUGGUUUUUUGCUCUCUCAUUGGAAAUGACUGUUGAACAGCAAUUAGCAAGAAAGUAUUAUACGCAAACCAAAUGUUCUCCGACCUUAGAAUUCUCCAAGUCGUUCUCAAAAAUAAUAAGUCUGAUAAUAAUCGAUCGACUGUGCCUAGUAGCCUAACCGAUUUAUUGAGAUUGAGGACGAGUUUCAAGUGCUACGUUUUCAUCCAAGGACAAUAAUAUAUUUUUAAGAAAAAGAGCUGAAAACAUUUUUCAAUGUUUGAAAGCAGAUAUUUAAAUUAUAUAUAUAUACAAAUAGUGAAAUAUAAAUAUUAGAUAUUAAUUAAAGU